AUGACCUGUACCAUACUUGAGAUCGUAACUGGCUAUCGUAUAGCCUUUGACUCAGAGCCUCAUCAAACAGUAGCUCCCUGCAUUCAUUUCUCCAAAGGAGAGGAACAAAUUAUAGACAAAGAGAUUGCUAAAUUGCGAGAUAAAAAUGUUAUUGUGGAAACUACUCACUGUGAAGAUGAGUUCAUAUCAACCAUAUUCACAAGACCCAAAAAGGAUGGAUCACACAGGCUGAUCCUAAAUCUAAAAAGACUCAAUGAACAUGUAACCUAUGAGCAUUUUAAAAUGGAGUCCUUACAAUCAGCUGCCCAACUCGUUAAACAAGGGUCAUGGAUGGCAGUUCUUGAUCUCAAGGAUGCGUACUAUUCAGUGCCUAUAGCAUUUGAACACAGAAAGUACCUCAGAUUUAAUUUUAAAAAUACAUUAUAUGAAUUUACAUGCUUACCUAAUGGGCUAUCUAGUGCCCCUAGGUCAUUCACUAAGCUUAUGAAACCAGUUUAUGCUACCCUUAGAGUUAAGGGCAACCAUUUAGUGGGAUAUAUCGAUGACAUUCUUUUGUUAGCUGAUACCCCUCAGGAACUUAAUAAUCAAACUAAAGAUGCARCUAACUUGCUUAGCUCAUUGGRCUUUACAGUCCAUGACAUCAAAUCAAUAAUUACACCAUCACAGCAAGUUAAAUUCCUGGGAUUCAUUAUUAACUCGACUACUAUGGAUAUAUCUAUGGUUCCUGAUAAAGUUGACAAGCUAAAACAAUCAUGUGCAAAACUAUUAAAACAUCAGGGACUUGUACCUAUAAGAGAAGUUGCCUCUGUAGUAGGCCUUAUGGUUGCCUCAUUCCCUGGAGUGUACUAUGGACCCCUAUUUUAUAGGUCCCUAGWGAAUGACAAAACAAAUGCACUAAAAUCACAUAAUUGGAAUCUAGAUAGUGAAAUGAGCAUCUCACCCGUUGCUAGGAAAGAUCUAGAAUGGUGGAUUAGGGAAUGUGACCUCUUCCCUUGCCCACUAGUCUUACAACCACCUGAGCUCACCCUAAAAACUGAUAGUUCACUCUCAGGCUGGGGUGGCAUAAUUGAAGGAACAGACUUAAUAGCACGGGGAAGAUGGUCACCAGAGGAAUCACUUAACCACAUUAAUUUUCUAGAGAUGAAAGCAGUGUUUUUAUGCCUUAAAUCUCUAUGUCAUCAUUUGCAUGACAAGGUUAUAAAAGUGCUAUGUGAUAAUACCACAGCAGUCGCAUACCUCCAGCAUAUGGGAGGCACUCAUUCCCCACAAUGUAAUGAAAUUACAAGGGAUAUUAUACUAUGGUGUAAAGAAAGAAGCUUAAAACUGUCUGUCUCCCACUUGCCUGGCUGUCUUAACACUGAGGCAGAUGAAGCCAGCCGGAAAAAUGACAGCAAUACUGAGUGGUCCCUUGACCUAGACUCUUUUCAAAACCUCACAAAAUGUUGGGGAAUGCCGGAGAUAGACAUGUUUGCUUCUAGACUUAACCAUAAAGUCCAAAAAUAUCCUUAUAGGGAAAGUUCUUCAGAAAAUACAGUUAGGCAAAGUAAUGGCAAUCUUGAUAAUUCCUCAUUGGACAACACAGUUCUGGUAUCCGAGGCUAUUGCAAAUGCUCCAAGCUCAACCAAUAAAGAUAACAAACAAACGAAAAACACUGAUGCUGCCUCACAGCCCAGAGGAGGUACAUCCACUUUACCCCAAACUGCAACUUCUUGGUUGUCUUGUAUCAGGUUAGCUCUUACAAAUCAAGGAGUAACAGGCGAACCUCUUGACAUUAUACUUCAAUCCUGGAGGACAGGGACUCGUAAGCAAUAUCAGACAUAUGUUGCAGCAUGGGUCAAGUUCUGCGAGGAGCAUAAUGUUCAUAGUUUUCAGCCCAGCCUUCAAAAUGUCCUUCAAUUUUUGUGUCAUUUAUCUAAAUCUAUGGGUUACAGUGCAGUAGGAACAGCUAGAAGUGCUUUAUCAAGCUUCAUCAAAAUUGAUGGGRUGAAGCUGGGCAGCCAUCCUGUUGUGUCCAGAUUUAUGUCAGGGUUGUUUAACCUCAAACCUGCAUUGCCACGAUAUAUUGCCACAUGGGAUCCACAGCAAGUGCUACUUCACUUGAAGAAAUUCCCUACAGCCAGAGAACUAUCUCUCAAACUGCUCACGCAUAAGCUAGUCAUGAUUAUGGUACUUAUAUCCGCUCAAAGAACACAAACACUCCAGUUACUGUCUUUAGAUAACAUGAAUGUACAGCCAAAUGAAAUYUCAUUCAAUAUAACUUCAUGCCUAAAACAGACCAGAAACACUGGGGGGAAAAACAGACACUUGACUCCCAUUGUCUUCAAGCGUUACACUUUAGAUGAAAAACUUUGUGUGCUUACUCUGUUGAAUGUUUACAUUGAAAGAACUGCUUCCCUUAGGAAGGAUUCUCGUCAACUGCUUAUUUGUCAUGCCAAGCCUCAUGGACCAGCAUCCAGAGACUCUAUCUCUAGGUGGAUUAAACAAACCAUGAAAGCAGCUGGAAUUGACACUAGCGUUUUUAAAAGUCAUAGUACUCGGUCAGCGUCAACUUCAGCAGCUAAAGCUGCAGAUGUUCCUAUUGAAGACAUAAUGACCACAGCUGGCUGGAGUUCAGAGUCAGUAUUUGCACGAUUCUAUGACAGACCAGUUGUAAAGCCAAAUAACUUUGCAGAAGCAGUGUUGGCUUCCUCGAACAAUUAA